AUGGCAGAGAGUGUGGUGAGUUUUCUACUGGAGAAGCUUUCGUCCAUGUUGGAAGAUGAGGUGAAACUCGUGAGCAGCUUUCGAAAUGAAGUUGUUUUUGUGAAAAAUGAGUUGGAUCGUAUGAGAGCUUUCUUGCGAUCUGCUGAUGCUACGGAAGAUCACGAUGAAGAAAUCAAAGUGUGGGUUAAGCAAGUUAGAGAGGUCGCUUACGAUGCAGAAGACAUCAUCGAUGAUUUCUUGUACAGAUUUGAGCAUCCCAAGCGACAUGGAUUCUAUGGUUAUUUGUGUAAGAUGGCUCGCGGGAUCAAGAACUUGAAAGCUCGUCGUCGAAUUGCCUCCCAAUUGCAGAGUAUCAAACUCAGAGUUACUGAUAUUUUUGAGGGGUGCCAGAGAUAUGGUUACAAACUGAGUAGUACGGAGAUCGGCUCGAGUUCGGGAACUAAACCUUGCUACUAUUCUGAGAUUAGAAGCGACGCACGGUUGCUGGAAGAAGCUCAACUAGUGGGCAUUGAACCAAAGAAGCAAGCUCUUUUGAGUUUUCUUGUCAAGGAUACCUCUCAACUACGAGUGGCUGCAGUGGUCGGGAUGGGAGGGCUGGGCAAAACCACUCUGGUGAGUUCAGUUUAUAAUGAUUCACGAGUAAAGAAUCAUUUUCAUCAACUCCAAGCUUGGGUCAAUAUUUCACAAUUGUUCAAGCUAGAUGAAGUUCUGAGACAAAUUAUCCAGCAAUUUUUCAAAGCUAUGAAGCUGCCACUUCCUGAUGAAGUCGAGAAGUCCACAGACCCGCACUUCCUAAAGACAACCAUUGUUGAUUUUCUUAGUGACAAAAGAUAUUUGGUUGUAUUGGAUGACAUAUGGGAUGUGAAUGCAUGGGAAGCAGUGAAAGUUGCAUUUCGGAACAACAACAAUGGUAGCCGAAUGUUGGGGGUCAGAUCUUAA